GAGCCAUUCGUUUUAAGGCUUCGAAGAGCUUCCUCAAACACCCCCCUCAAAAAGAAAAAAAAAAAGAAGGAAAGAAUUUUUAUUUAUAAUUCUCUAAAAUACUUCUGUCCAAGAUCAUAUGGCGUUCUCGCAUGCUCAGCAGCUGGCUUUCAUAUUUGGUCUCUUAGGCAACAUCGUGUCCUUUUUGGUAUUCUUGGCACCAAUCCCGACAUUUUACACAAUCCACAAGAAGAAGUCGUCGGAUGGGUAUCAGUCGAUCCCAUAUGUGGUGGCACUUUCGAGCGCAUCUUUGCUCUUGUACUAUGGAGUCCUCAAGACCAAUGCCACUAUGAUCAUCAGCAUCAAUGCCAUUGGCAUCGUCAUUGAACUGGCCUAUCUUCUUCUCUUCUUGAUCUAUGCCUCCACCAAAGAGAAGAUGUACACGGCGAAGUUGCUGCUGGUGUUCAAUAUAGGAGGUUUCGGAGUGAUGAUGGGACUGACCAUCUUUCUUCUCAAGGGUCGGCAGCGAAUCAAUGCUGUCGGAUGGAUCUGCGCGGCCUUCAAUCUCGCCGUGUUUGCCGCGCCUUUGAGCAUCAUGAGGAGGGUGAUAAAGACAAAAAGUGUGGAGUUCAUGCCAUUCACUCUGUCCUUCUUCCUGACCCUCUGUGCUACCACCUGGUUCUUCUACGGACUCUUCGUCAAGGACAUGUUCAUUGCUCUACCAAAUACACUGGGAUUCUUGCUUGGCAUCACUCAAAUGAUCCUCUACAUGACAUACAAAAAUGGGAACAAGAAAAUGGCAGAGACAAAUGAGAGGAACAAUCAACAAGCAGUGUCUCUAGACAUGAAGAUGCUGACUUCCAUCCACAGUGCGGAGCUGUGUCCAACUUCACAGCACCAACCACAAUUCACAGAAAUGGAUAAUUUUCCCACUGGCAAACAAGUUGAACCAAACAACAACGUUUGAUGAAUCCUCUUCUCUCUAACAAGUGAUAAGCAAUCAAAUAACCACCCAGCAAGUUGGGGUCUUAGAAACUAUGGAGUGUGACAUUCUCUUGCAUUUUAUUUGUAUUUGAUUUCAUUAAGGGGGAUAAUGUUACUUCGUCUGAGAGGAGAUAGAUGGCUGCAUAAUGACAGCAAAGGGGAUGACAGGAUUCAUAUGGCUGAUACCAUCAUCGAAGGAGAAAGAUAUCAUCCAUAAUCAGUACUCGAAACUUCUACUGUAUUCGACAUUUUAUUGAAGCAAUGGAUUUGACGAAAAUAAUCUUCCUGUC